AUGACUCCUAAGUUUGAUCGUGUUGUGGCUGCAAUUAAGGAGUCCAAAGAUUUAUCAAAAUUUUCAUUUGAUGAAUUGAUGGGUUCUUUACAAGCCCAUGAGGCAAGGAUAAGCAGGUCAGCACAAAAGCAGGUUGAAAAAUCAUUUCAAUCUAAGGUGGAGGCACCAAAUUCAAGAGAUCACAAAGAGGAACCAACCAGAAGAGGACGGGGCAGAGGUGCAUUUCGUGGAAUAGUCGAGGUCGAGACCGAAACAAAGGCUUUGAACAAAGACACUUCAGUGAGCAAAGAUGCAAUAGAAGCAACAAACAAUGUAAUAACUUCAAGAAGUACGGGCAUGUGCAAGCACAUUGCUAAUAGCGUUUGCUCCAAAUAUAUGUCAGGUAUGAAAUCAAUCUUCAAUGAAAUUGAUGAGACACUAAAAUCGACUGUUAGGCUUGGUGAUAACAACGGUCUUCAAGCUGAAGGAAAAGGAACAGUAGCAAUAAGAAACAUUUGUGGUAAAGUAAAACUUCUUGAUGAUGUUCAAUUUGUUCCUCGUUCAGCUCAUAAUUUACUGAAUGUCGAGAAACUCUUGGCUAAUGGAUACUCACUUUUGUUUGAUGAUAGAGCGGAAAUUAUUGCACCCUACACACCAGAGCAAAAUGGUGUAGCUGUACGUAAAAAUUGUACCGUUGUAGAGAUGGCAAGAAGUUUGCUAAAAGGUAAAGGACUUCCAAAAUCAAUACUGGGCAAAAGCAGUUGCAACCUCAGUGUAUCUACUGAAUGUAUCGCCUACAAAGGCUGUGAUGAAUCAAAUGCCAUAUGA